UGGCAAUGGCUUCUUCUUCUUCUUUUUCUUCUUCUUGGGCCCUUGCUCUCUUGCUUUUGACAAUGGCAAUGGUUAGGGUUGACGCGAGGAUGAGUCCGAGCGGUUGGUCAUUAGCCCAUGCGACCUUCUAUGGCGAUGAGUCGGCAUCUGAUACCAUGGGCGGAGCUUGUGGCUAUGGCAACCUAUUCAACAGUGGAUACGGCACAAAUACUGUGGCAUUGAGCACAACACUGUUCAGUAACGGGUAUGCAUGCGGAUCUUGUUACCAAAUAAGGUGUUUCGGAUCUCCCCAUUGCUACCGAGGUUACCCGUUUGCCACCGUGACCGCUACAAACCUUUGCCCGCCAAAUUGGUCGGAGGACUCCAACAAUGGUGGGUGGUGCAACCCUCCGAGGACCCAUUUUGAUAUGUCCAAACCCGCUUUUAUGAAGAUUGCGGAUUGGAAAGCGGGCAUUGUACCUGUUAUGUAUCGUAGGGUACCAUGCAUCAAGAACGGAGGAGUUAGGUUUAGUUUCCAAGGGAAUGGAUAUUGGUUGCUUGUGUAUGUGACGAAUGUGGGAGGAGGAGGAGACAUCGGGAGUAUGUGGGUCAAAGGAAGCAAGACCGGUUGGAUAAGCAUGAGCCAUAAUUGGGGUGCAACUUAUCAAGCUUUUGCUACAUUGGGAGGUCAAUCUCUCUCUUUUAAGAUCACCUCUUACACUACAAGGGAGACUAUUAUUUCUUGGGAUGUUGCUCCUUCCAAUUGGAAUGCAGGCUUGACUUACCAAGCAUCUACAAACUUUGCUUGAGAAAUUGUGUUUUUUUUUAACGUAUACCUUCGUUUUCCUAGCUCUUUCUUUACUUUGUUAAAAGAUCUCAUUUGUAAAGUUCAAGGAAAUUGGAGCCUCCUUUUCUCCUUGAAAGAUAUAAGUUAAAGUUGUCAACAUUUGGGAUGUGAG